AUGUCCGGCAAGUUCGAGCCCAAGCACAAGGUCGACCUUGAUCCGCCGAAAGACGACAUCAUCAGUCUGGAUCAUUUGUCCAAAUGUGAUGGGAAGCAUGAAGGAUAUCCGACUUAUGUCGCUAUCAAGGGCACAAUCUUCGACGUAACCGGCAACAAAGCCUACGGUCCCGAAGGCUCCUAUAAAGUCUUCGCCGGCAGAGACGCCUCCCGCGCCCUAGCACAAUCAUCCCUCAAAGACGAAGAAUGCCGACCAGACUGGUACGACCUCCCGGACGACCAGAAGAAAGUGCUCAACGACUGGUAUACGUUUUUCAGCAAGCGCUAUAACAUCAAGGGGAAAGUCGAGGGUGCGCAGAAUACGGGCGAAUGA